AUGUCAAAUACUCAUCCAAAAUCUGAAUCGAUUGUACCAUCGACAUCUACUUUUGAUCCAAUUCAUUUAGAAUCUGAAAUUCUUCAAUUAUGUCGUCAAUUUCCUAAUGGUGUUAGUGAUAAAAGGCUUGAAAAUUCAUUUCAACCAAGUACGUAUAUUUAUCGUAUACGAGAUCCAAUGAAUAAAUCAAAUUCAUCAAUAUCAAUUGGUAAUGGAAUAGCAGAUCCAAUGGAAAGAACAGUUUAUCAAAUUGUUGAAGAAAGUGGAAAUUUAGGUAUUUGGAUGCGUGAUAUUAGAUUAAAAAUAAAAUUAUCUCCAACAAUACUUAAUAAAACACUUAAAUCAUUAGAAAGUACAUGGUGA